AUAGUUCCCACUCGGGUCCUAACGUUAUUCCUUUACUAUGUUUAAAGGCGAAUUGGCUCGAGGCCAAAAACAGCCAAAUACUCCAUCUAAACGAGAAUCGAAUCUCAAUUGCGGUAGCUACCGUUCUCGAAACAUAAAUCCCUCUACUGGUAUGUUCAUAUCAAAUACAAAUAAUAUCACAAACGCAAAAUACACAUGCAUGUACACCAGAGGCUGGAACAUGCGUUGUAAAAAUGUAGAUUUUGUCUGUGUAGUAACACUCAUCCUAUAAUAUGAAAGAGGUACAAAACCGUACUGCAAGCGAUGCGUGUUAAUCUUCAGACCGAUCGUCGAUGCUCUUGACCAAACUCCCCCUUACAGAAGACACUUUCGUCCAAUCACUCAUGUGUAAAGGAACUGAGAGUCAUGAUCAAGGGCUAGCUAGCAUGCAGCUGCUUAGCCGGGUGUUGGGUUGGCUAGUAACUGCUUGUUGUGUUGUGAACACGCCUUAGGCUGUGAAUAGGGCAUGCUUUGUGUGUGUAAUAUAAUUUAUGUAUGUGUAAUGGAGGUCAAAACGUGCCGUAAACUCACUCCACAAUUAGUUUGAAUUGAGUUGUCCAGGAGGGAGGUCACGUGUGUUGCGGUGCAGAAAACCACUGGUUCGAGCUCAGUAUUGGGCAGUCUGAAAGUGGCUGUUAGCAGCGCACGUUGACGUCGGUUUCAUAUGUAGUUAGCUAGCUAUGCAAAGACCGAGGGUGCUGGAAGUAUCAAGCUCAGGACAGCAACAUGGGCAGAAGCAACAGCACUACCUCACGCGGUGUUCCAGUGGUGCUGGUGUGCCUUGGUGCUCUGCUAUUGGGCAAUGUGGUGAUCUACUUGUACCUGGACUCGCUGCAGCAGAGUGGCGACGGCGACCCCCACCUGACUCCUCAUGGGGCAUGUCCGCCCCGUCACUUUAGGAUGGCCAACAUGAGGAACUGUUCGCCCUGGCUGGAGUGUCCACAAGUCCGCACAGAGGUGCGCAAGUUGAAGAUGAUCGGCCAGGGAGCUGUUAAGCAGGUUUUCCUGUCCGAGUGGAAGGGUCACAAAGUAGCCCUGUCCAAGCUCUCCUCUCCGGAGUACCAGGAGGACUUCCUCCAUGGGCUCUCCAUGCUCCAGGCCCUCCAAGGGCCCCAUGUGGUGGUGCUGGUAGGCCUGUGCCCAGAGGACCACACCCUGGUCACCGAGUACCAUCCGCUGGGCUCUCUGCUCAACCUGGAUGCCGUGCUGGCCCAGGAGAGGCACCGCGUACGGGACACCUGGCAGACCCGUCUGCGGCUGGCACUGGACUACGUCUCCAUUCUCCAUUACCUCCACACCAGCCCCGCCGGGACCAGAGUCAUGUGUGACUCCAAUGACCUGGUGAAAACCCUGUCACAGUUCCUGCUGACCAGCGACUUCCACCUGGUGGUCAAUGACCUGGAUGCCCUGCCAGAGGUCGGGGCCCCUGCAGGCUCGCUAGUGAGAUGCGGCCACCGGGAGCUCACAGGGGAAUUUGUGGCCCCAGAGCAGCUGUGGCCCCACAGUGACGGCCAGCCAUUUGUCGAUGAGUUUAUGCCGGGGUAUGACGAAAAAACGGACAUUUGGAAGAUUCCAGAUGUUACACGUUUCCUGAUGGGGAGGGUAGCGGGAGGUGACGUGGUCCACUUCCACCUCUUUCAGAUCAACGGGGAGUGUAAGAGAAGAGACCCUCAUCUUCGCCCCUCUGCAAUGGAUGUCCUGAGCGUGUACAGAUCAGUCUAUGCAACCAUGAUGAGAGACAGUCCCGGUCCUGGUGGCUCCAGAGACAUGCUUUAAUCUCACUUUGUCUUUCUAUUGAUAAGAAACUGGACCGUGUAAUUACAAAUAAAAUAUUUUUUUGGG